AUGCGCCUCUCCGCAAUUUUGCUGUCAACGACAGCGGCUGCGCUCACUGAUAUUGAGCACAAGCCUUUUAUGCGCAAAAACAUCGACCCCAUCGUCUUUCCUGGCAAAUACGUGUCUCAUAUGCAUUCUUUUUACGGCUCCGACGCGGUCACGAAGGACUUGCCGACAACUGAACAGUUGCAGGCAGGGUGUCCUUCUGGCGAGAACCCAAAUGAUCUAUCCGUUUACUGGGCUCCAACACUAUACUAUGUGAACGGCGACAACUAUACCGAAAUAUAUCCCGCAACGUUUAAGACGUACUAUGAGCAAAUCGACCACGCCGAGAUCCCGUUCCCUAAGAACUUUUACGCCGUCGCCGGCAACGCUAGCGCCAAAAGCCAAGCUGACAUUGACGAGAAGAUCAAUGCUAUCACAUGGUGGUGCGAUGGUAACGGCCCUGAGGAUCGCAACAGCCGGCCGCGUGCAGCGUUCCCGCGUGUGACAUGUAGCGCGCAUAUGCAAGCAAUCCUUCGUUUUCCCGAUUGCGUGAAUCCGGACAAAAUCACCGAGUACACAUAUGCCGCAGCUCACGGAGGACGCUGCCCGUCUGGCAUGAAACGCAUGCCAUCUCUCCGUUUCUCGAUUCGCUACGACACACGGCGGGCUAUUCCCCAAGGUUGGAAGGGCAUCCCGCCCAUCAAGCUUGCAUGCGGAGAGAUGGGUGAAGGAUAUUGUUUACAUGGUGAUUUCAUAAACGGGUGGUUCGAGGACGCCGCGAAGAAUAUGCUCCAGGCUAAGGGUCAAAGCUUUAUGAGGAUUGAUGGCAUGCACGGCAACGGCAAACAGUUCAGCAAGUGCAAGGCCAAAGACGCUGAUCCAGAGAAUGGUACGAGCGACUACCACAAGAGCUUAGAAAUGAUGGGUCAAAUGCCUCACACUGCGAAGAAGUGA